AAAAAUGUCAGUCACAAAAAAACCCACAGAAAGGCCGUUACUUUCUGUUGGGUAGAGUAUGACGCCCCUACUACAUGACUAUAAUGCCGUGCGCCGCUAACACUGAGAGCUGGCUCGCCGCCUCUUGCGCUUAUCGCCGGCCAAACGAUGCUGCCUGAGCGGUGUGUGACCCCGCAGCAGCGUGAUACCCGACGCACUUUCUUGUGAGAAGGUCGACAGUCUCCGCCGCAGUUACUUUGAAAAUGAAGAAAUAAAAACGUCACAUCUUUGCAUUUCAAAUUCUUCAAAGAAGAGUUUCUACUUUGUUAGCUGUGGGUGUUGGAAAGUGAACUGGAAGUUGGUUGAAACCUUUCCCCACCGAGAGACAUUUCCCGUUAUUGCUGCCGUUUACUUAUCAAAUGCCCAAAAACAGCAAGGUCGUCAAGAAAGAGCUUGACGAUGAUGUUACAGAGUCUGUCAGGGAUCUUCUUUCCAACGAGGACACAUGCGAUGAUUCAUUCAAGAAGAGCUCACUCAUCGUAAGCGAUGUCCAGGAGGACAAAGACAGAGACCUGGAGGAUGGCUCUGACACAGAAGAAGAGCGGCCUGCGUGGAACAGCAAGCUGCAGUAUAUCCUGGCCCAGGUGGGCUUCUCUGUAGGCCUGGGCAAUGUGUGGAGGUUCCCUUACCUCUGUCAGAAGAAUGGAGGUGGAGCUUACCUGGUGCCCUACCUACUCCUGCUGAUCGUGAUCGGGAUCCCCCUCUUUUUCCUGGAGCUGGCAGUGGGCCAGCGAAUCCGGCGGGGGAGCAUCGGGGCAUGGAAUUACAUCAGCCCCCGCCUGGGCGGCCUCGGCUUUGCCAGCUGCAUGGUCUGUUUCUUCGUGGCUCUAUAUUACAACGUCAUCAUCGGCUGGAGCCUCUUCUACUUCUCCAAGUCCUUCCAGCAGCCGCUGCCGUGGCACGAGUGCCCGCUUGUAAAGAAUGGCACAAACACAUAUGUGGAGCCAGAGUGUGACAAAAGCUCUGCCACCACAUACUUCUGGUACCGGGAGGCUCUGGACAUCUCCAACUCCAUCUCUGAGAGUGGGGGCCUCAACUUGAAGAUGACGCUGUGUCUGCUGAUCGCGUGGGUCAUGGUGUGCAUGGCUAUGAUCAAGGGGAUUCAGUCAUCGGGGAAGGUGAUGUACUUCAGCUCUCUCUUCCCCUAUGUGGUGCUUAUCUGCUUCCUCGUAAGAGCUCUACUCCUGAAGGGGUCGCUGGACGGCAUUCAGCACAUGUUCACCCCAAAGCUGGAGAUCAUGUUGGAGGCCAAAGUGUGGCGUGAAGCUGCUACACAGGUCUUCUUUGCCCUGGGCCUGGGCUUUGGGGGGGUCAUCGCCUUCUCCAGCUACAACAAGCGUGACAACAACUGCCAUUUCGAUGCUGUGCUGGUUUCCUCAAUCAAUUUCUUGACAUCAGUGCUGGCCACACUGGUGGUGUUUGCUGUGCUGGGCUUCAAGGCCAAUGUCAUGAAUACCAAGUGUGUUGCAAUGAACGUGAAGAAGAUAAUUGGGUAUCUGGGGAAUGAGAUCAGCCCUGAUCUCAUACCGAAGCACAUCGACUUUAGUCACGUCACCCCGGAGGACUACCGACAGAUGACGGACAUCAUCCAUGGGGUGAAGGAGGACAGCUACGCUGCAUUGGGGCUAGAGACCUGUGACAUCGAGGACGAGCUGAACAAGGCAGUUCAAGGCACUGGUCUGGCAUUCAUCGCCUUCACUGAAGCCAUGACCCACUUUCCCGCCUCGCCCUUCUGGUCUGUCAUGUUCUUCCUCAUGCUGGUCAACCUGGGCCUGGGCAGCAUGUUCGGCACCAUUGAGGGAAUUAUCACCCCCAUGGUGGACACCUUCAAAGUGCGCAAGGAGUUCUUCACAGCGGGCUGUUGCCUGCUGGCGUUCAGCAUCGGCCUGCUCUUUGUGCAGCGCUCUGGGAACUACUUCGUGGCCAUGUUCGACGACUACUCUGCCACGGUGCCCCUGCUGAUUGUGGUGGUCCUGGAGAAUGUGGCGGUGGCCUGGGUCUAUGGUGUCGACAGAUUCUUUGAGGACCUAAAGGACAUGCUUGGAUUCUCACCGUUCCGCUUCUAUUACUACAUGUGGAAGUACUUUACACCCUGUGUGCUGCUGGCGCUGUUGGCAGCCAGUGCCAUCCAGCUUGGCAUGACGCCCCCCAGCUACAAUGCUUGGAUCGAGGAGCUGGCCCAGGAGAAGGCACUGCUUUACCCCCCCUGGGGUCUGGCCAUGUGCGGCUCGCUGGUGGCCUUGGCCGUGCUCCCUGUGCCCGUGGUCUUCGUGCUCCGGUUCUUCGACCUCAUCAGUGACGGAUCCAGCAGCCUCUCCAACGUCUCCUACAAAAAGGGCCGGAUCAUCAAGGAAAGUCCUGGUGCCGAGGAUGACGACACCAGCCUCAUUCAGGGCAAGUCCCCCAGCGAGGCCCCCUCCCCAAUGCCCGGCAAGAGCAUUUAUAGGAAGCAGAGUGGCUCCCAGGACGUGGACACUGCCCCCAAUGGCCGCUAUGGGAUUGGCUACCUAAUGACUGACGGGUCUGACAUGCCCGAAUCAGGUUUAUAGCUCUCCCAUUUGACAGUCGUUCAUACGCAACCAUUGAUUUGUCUGUACAUCCGCAUACAUGGACUUGUAUAAUACCGUGUAAGUAAUGUAGGCCCUGUCUUGUACACCUGCCAUGCUGUCCUUUUUCAUAGGCUGGGCAGCUCUUCGCUUUGCUGUGUUUUACUGCAGAUUGGCUGUGGGUCGGGCUCCUGCUCAACACAGUAGGAAGCUGUCUUGUCUUAGCUGUGUGACUCACUGCACAUUCGGCACGAGGUAAAUACUGAGGAAACGCCCCAGCCCUGAUUAGAUCUUGCAGGAGCAGCUGGGGGUUCGGCUCGUGAGUCUCAGAAGCAUGCACCUCAGAUUUGCGCAGAUUCAUUCUUAGGACACUUGCUGAGUUGUGUAUAUGUAUACAGUGUUCUGUAAAUACGUUAUGUUUAUCUCAGUACCUUGCAGUACAGAGAAGUUGCUUUUUCGUCAGGUGAUUGUUUUGUUUACUCGUGCUGUAAACUAGGUUUAUGCUUCAUCUUCCUGUAAAUACCUUUUUGCACUGACCUGCUAAAAGCGCAACAUCCGCCUUGUGAGAUUAAAGAUCAGACGUGAUGCUGA